AUGGCGAGCUCGAGCUUGGCAGAAGCAGGUCCGUCUCGUGCCAGACCGCCAUCACCGCUUGAUACGGAAAGCGCCCGCAUCAAGCAGAGCACCACCGAUGUGGCAAACGGUAACGGCGUCGGCGAAGGUGCCUCGGAAGCAACAGCCUCGAUAUCGGAAGUGCCGACCACGACAUUGUCCUUCUUUCCGACUCCAGCGCUCGAUCAUGCCUUCGGCGGUAUCGCAGCGGGUGCAGUCGCCACCGUUUGCAUGAAUCCGCUCGAUCUCAUCAAGACCAAAUACCAAGUCGACACUUCUCGCCCCCGACCACUCGCGUUCCGACAGCGCACCGCCACCCCAAUCUACUCCCAAGCAGCAUCACUCACACCAGCUGGUAAUUCCGCAUCGACCGUUGACUUGAAAGGGAAAGCACGCGCCAUCGACACACCCGCCAGCGGCAACGGUGCUCUUCGCAACGCAGCACCUGUGCGUCACGGUUGGAGAUACUAUGCCCUUGGUGGACGAAUUGGGAACGACAUGGUUGGAGCGCUCAAUGACAUUGUCAGGACGGAUGGUUGGAAAGGUCUGUACCGCGGACUCAGUCCGAACGUUGCUGGCAACUCGGCUUCAUGGGGGCUCUACUUUCUAUGGUAUACCAUGAUCAAGGAACGCAUGUCGGCCAACGCUUCCCACGACGCAGCUACCGGCGAAGCAAAGAAGCUCUCUGCAGGACAGCAUCUGCUCGCAGCCUCGGAGAGUGGCGCCAUUACGGCACUCAUGACGAACCCGAUCUGGGUGGUGAAAACGCGCAUGUUUACCACUCCCCAUUCCGCGGCACCGACUGCAGCAGCAGUGUCAUCAGCGACAACAAGAGCACCUCCAGAGGUGUACCGCGGUCUCUGGCACGGCCUCGUCUCGAUUUAUCGUAACGAAGGCUUACGCGGGCUGUACAAGGGUGCCGGUCUCGCUCUGUUCGGCGUCUCCAACGGUGCCAUCCAGUUCAUGGCGUACGAAGAGCUCAAAAAGUGGCGAACAUCGGUGGCUGCACGCAAACUGGAAUCCAGCACUCCAUCAGCACCCGUCGACACGUCCAUGAUUCAGCUAAGCAAUGCCGAAUACAUCGUCAUGUCCGGUGUAUCCAAAGUCGCAGCGAUCCUGCUUACCUAUCCGUACCAAGUGGUGAGGUCAAGGAUUCAGAAUCAUGCCACUUCACACAUCUACCCGGACAUUGGGACGUGCAUCCGACUUACCUACACUCAGGAAGGAUCGCGCGCUUUCUACAAGGGAUUGGUGCCAAAUCUGGUCAGGAUUCUGCCUGGCACAUGCGUCACUUUUGUCGUGUACGAGAACGUGUCGUGGGCUUUGAAAGGCUUGGCGAGGCGGAGGAUGCAGAAGCAGCAGCAGCAGCAGCAGCAGCUAGUGGAAGGGACGAAAACCUCAGCAUAG